UUUGGCCAUCCAAUGGGGAGCAAUCGGAGAUGUGAGUUUCCCCUUUUCUGAAUUCAUCUAAAUCAAGUUUUAGGUCGGUUUAGUUGCAAAAAUGCAGAAAGAUAACAAGGAAUUAGUGAUCGGUGGUACUCUUCAACAGAAAAUUUCAAGCUGUCUCAACGUCUUGGACCGAUUUUUGAACCAAGAAAACCCAGUAGUUUCCUCAAUGGUGGUAGCAGAAAAACGCGAUAGGAGACUCGGGAGUGGCAGUGCGGUCGAUGUUGUUGCCACUAUUUUAGGAAUCAAAGAUUUGAAAACCAUCAGUCACCACUCGACUUUAGCCGAACUUGGAAUGGAUUCAAUGAUGAGUACCGAAGUUAUGCAAAUCCUCGAAAAAGAUUUCGAAAUUUUCAUCUCAGCCAAAGAAAUCAGAAAUUUAACCUUCACCAAAUUAAAAGAAAUGGGCAAAACUCUAUCAAACCAAGAACAAAACAAAAAAUUAUCACAAGGAACCAAAACUUUAAUCAAUUAUAUACCCGAAGCUUGUGACGAAACCAUCGUAGAAAUCCCAAGUUUGGGCUCAAAAACACUCAUUUUUGUAUUCCCAGGGAUCGAAGGUGUGCUAAAAUUACUCGAUCCCGUAACCAGUAACUUGAAAUCCCGACUUUUGGGAAUCCAAUACUCUUACAAAAACCCCGAAAGUACCAUCCGUGAAACAGCACUUAAAAUUCUACCAUUUAUUGAGCACCAACUACCCGAGAAGAAAUUCAAUUUUCUUGGGUACUCAUUUGGGGCUUUGGUGGCGCUAGAAAUCGCCCAAAUGCUUGAAACGAAGGGCUUUAUCGGGAAAAUUGUUCUAAUUGAUGGUUCCCCUCACUACACCAAAGAAUCGAUCUUGCAUUUUGCUCCAGGAGAAACCGAAGCUGAGAUCGAGACAAUGCUUCUUUAUAAUAUUCUAGGAACGGUACUACCAAUCGAAAUACUGGAAAAAUCCAAAACUGAUUUAAUUAAAUGUUCAAAUUUUGAUGAACGGAUCAAUAAAGCCCGUGCUUUGAUUCCUGAAGAGUUGACAGAUAAGCAAAAAUUGGAAAAACAAGCAGCUGUCACACUCCAACAAAGAUUUAAAUCAAUUCGUUGUUACACUUUUAGUGGGAAAAAAAUCAAAUCUUUUGUCAAGUUGUACAAACCGGAGAUUCCCCUAGUCAGUGGUGUGGAUGAUGAUUACAAGUUGGCACAACUGUGUGACAAUCAAAUUGAAAUUAUGACAGUUGGAGGCGAUCAUAUGACUAUGCUACAACAAAGCGAACUAAUUAAUGACUUGAAUAAAAUUUUUGAAGAGUAA